CACUUCCUCACUACUAAAUCCCAUCUCCCAUCUUCACUACUCAGCUCCCAUCACCAUGCCUAGCUUUUCUCAAGCCACCGAGCUUUCCGCCUGGAAGGAGCUCCAGGACCACCACAACACCGUGGGUCGUAACAUUGUCCUGAAGGAAUGCUUCCAGAAGGAUCCCCAGCGCUUCGAGAAGUUCAGCCGUACCUUCAACAACACCGUGGACAACACUGAAAUCCUCUUCGAUUUCUCCAAGAACUUCCUUACUGAAGAGACCCUGGCUCUCCUGGUCAAGCUGGCCAAGGAAGCCAACAUUGAGGAGCUCCGUGAUGCCAUGUUCAAGGGUGACCACAUCAACUUCACUGAGGACCGUGCUGUCUACCACGCCGCCCUGCGCAAUGUCUCCAAUGAACCCAUGCAGGUGGAUGGCAAGAGCGUUGUUGAGGACACCAAUGCUGUCCUUGAGCACAUGAAGGAGUUUUCCGAGCAGGUCCGUAGCGGUGAGUGGAAGGGUUACACUGGCAAGAAGAUCAACACCAUCAUCAACAUUGGUAUCGGUGGUUCGGAUCUUGGUCCCGUCAUGGUGACCGAGGCCCUGAAGCCCUAUGGUGCUGCCGACCUGAAGCUGCACUUCGUCUCUAACAUCGACGGAACUCACAUUGCUGAGGCCCUUAAGGAGUCCGACCCCGAGACCACCCUGUUCCUGAUUGCCUCCAAGACUUUCACCACUGCCGAGACCACCACCAACGCCAACACCGCGAAGAAGUGGUUCCUCGAGACCGCUAAGGAGGAUUCUCACAUCGCCAAGCACUUCGUUGCUCUCUCCACCAACGAGGCUGAAGUCACCAAGUUCGGUAUUGACAAGAAGAACAUGUUUGGUUUCGAAUCGUGGGUUGGUGGCCGCUACUCUGUCUGGAGUGCCAUCGGUCUGUCCGUUGCCAUUUACAUCGGUUUCGACAACUUCCACCAGUUCUUGGCUGGUGCCCACGCCAUGGACAAGCACUUCCGCGAGACUCCCCUGGAGCAGAACAUCCCCGCUAUCGGUGGUCUGUUGAGCGUGUGGUACAGUGAUUUCUUCGGUGCCCAGACCCACCUGGUUGCUCCCUUCGACCAGUACCUACACCGCUUCCCUGCCUACCUGCAGCAGCUUUCUAUGGAGAGCAACGGUAAGGCGAUCACCCGCACGGGCGAGUACGUCAAGUACACCACUGGCCCUAUCCUAUUCGGUGAGCCGGCCACCAACGCACAGCACAGCUUCUUCCAGCUGCUGCACCAGGGCACCAAGCUCAUUCCCUCGGACUUCAUCAUGGCUGCCGAGUCGCACAACCCCGUCGAGGGUGGUAAGCACCAGCGCAUGCUUGCGUCCAACUUCCUUGCGCAGUCCGAGGCUCUCAUGGUCGGUAAGACCCCUGAGGAAGUCAAGACUGAGGGUGCCCCCGAGAACCUGGUGCCUCACAAGACCUUCUUGGGCAACCGUCCCACCACCUCGAUCUUGGCCCAGAAGAUCACUCCCUCCACUCUCGGUGCUUUGAUCACCUACUACGAGCACGUUACCUUCACCGAAGGUGCCAUCUGGAACAUCAACUCGUUCGACCAGUGGGGUGUCGAGUUGGGUAAGGUUCUGGCCAAGAAGAUUCAGCAGGAGCUGGAGACUGACGGCGCCGGUGCUGGCCACGAUGCCUCGACCAGCGGCCUGCUCCUUGCUUUCAAGAAGAAGGCCAACCUGGCAUAAGGGAAUGAAUCGGAUGCUGUGGGAUGCAUAUGCUUGGAGGACAAAAACAAGUUGUACAAGACAAGUUGUACAUGUUCAUGAAGCCAUGAGUGACUUUAUAAUUUAAUAACUUUCCAUUCAAAUGAGUAUAGUAGGUGUGAGGCUACUAGGGAUAGUAUAGUGAC